AUGUCGACUCGCAAACGCGGUCGCGGGCGAGGUAGAGGUAGGAUAGGCACCGUUACUCCUGGCCUGGCAGGGAAUGAUCCAGUAGACUUCAUGGCUGCCUUGGGAAAUAUGGCUGUCACUAUACUAGCCACAGCCGAGGCACUGGCUCAACAUGUUUCUGAGGAGCAAUGGGUUAAAUUUGGAACCUAUCCGCGGCAAGGUGAGGCUCAGUAUUGGUGGCAGGGAACACGACGUAUCCUGCAGCCAGAUGGUGCUGCAAUUCCUUGGGAGGUUUUCCGAACAGAGUUCUAUAAGAAAUAUUUUCCUAAUUCAGUCAGAAAUGCCAAGGAACUUGAAUUGAUGCAAUUAAAGCAUAGCCAAAUGACUGUUACUGAGUAUACUAGCAGGUGCCCUGAAGAUUUUGCUGAAUGGAAAUGUAUUAAAUAUGAGGGAGGUCUUUGGAGUGAUAUUCUGAGCUUCGUUGCCCCAAUGGAGAUCAGAGUAUUUUCUGAAUUGGUGAAUAAGAGCAGGGUGGCUGAAGAAUGUGUGAGGAAGGUGGCAGAAGAGAAAGGAAGUUUGAGGCCCGGACACUUGGCCAAUAAUUAUCCGGAGAAGAAGAAGUAUGAGACUGGUAGAGCACAGCAGCCAGGGAGAGUGUACACCACUUCUACAGUAGGUACUGAGAGAUCUGAGACACUGAUUAGAGGAUUGGAUUGGUUAUCCAAGAAUCAUAUUUUGCUUGAUUGUUCUGAGAAGUCAGUACAGUUUAUGUCGGAAGGGUCGAAAGCGCCGGUUGUGGGUAUUAUGUUAUUAACAACGGGAGUAUCAGGUGAUGAUCAGAAUUUAGAGCAGAUUCCGGUUGAAUUUGCAAUUGAGUUGGUGCCUAGAGCCGGUCCGAUCUCGAUUACUCCUUACAGGAUGUCAUCUUUAGAAAUGGAUGAACUGAAAGCUCAGCUGGAAGAUCUGUUGGGUAAGCACUUUAUUCGACUAAGUGUUUCUUUAUGGGGAGUACCAAUGUUACUGGUUACUGUGAAGAAUAAAUAUCCACUACCUAGAAUCAAUGACCUAAUGGAUCAGUUACAGGGUGCCAGUGUGUUUUCUAAGAUUGAUUUGCGAUCCAGGUAUCAUCAGAUAAAGGUUAGAGAUGAAGAUAUUCCGAAAACUGCUUUCAGGACACAUUAUGGUCAUUAUAAGUAUACGGUGAUGUCUUUCGGGUUAACUAAUGCUCCGGAAGUAUUCAUGGAUUAUAUGAACAGGAUUUUCCAGCCGUACAUGGACAAGUUUGUCAUUGUCUUCAUUGAUGAUAUUCUUAGUAAGGUGAAGUUUCUUGGUCACGUGGUGAGUAAGCAGGGAAUAGUUGUGGAUCCUGCUAAGGUGGAAGCAGUAAGGAAUUGGGAGCGAUCAACUUCAGUAACAGAGAUCAGGAGUUUCCUAGGUUUGGCUUGGUAUUAUCGCAGAUUCAUUAAGGGAUUUUCACAGCUUGCUUUACCUUUAACUAAGUUGACUAGGAAAGAUACACCUUUUAUCUGGACUUCAGUGUGCGAAGAGAGUUUUCAAACAUUGAAGCAAAGGUUAACUACUGCACCCGUGUUGGUAUUGCCUGAGCCAAGUGAACCAUUUGAAGUGUACUGUUAUGCAUCAUUAAAGGGUUUGGGGUGCGUUCUAAUGCAGCACCGGAAUGUUGUAGCAUACGGCUCACGGCAAUUAAGGCUACAUGAGAUGAACUUCCCGACUCACGAUUUAGAACUUGCUAUUGUUGUGUUUGCUCUGAAAAUCUGGAGGCAUUAUCUCUAUGGUGUUAAGUUUUAUGUCUUCUCAGACCAUAAGAGUUUGAAGAAAAGUGAACGUUGUGGCGGACGUCUUGAGUCGGAAGUCUUUAUAUGCAGCUUGGAUGAUGUUGCGAGAAGAAAAGCUCAUCAAGAUGGUGAAGCAUUACGUAAGGUAUUGCCAGCAAUUGAACAGAGAAGACAAUGGAGAGUGUUAGAAGGAAGCACCAAAAUGUACCAAGAUAUGAAAGCGAUGUUCUGGUGGCCAGAAAUGAAGAAUGAUGUGGAAUUGUAUGUAUCUAAAUGUUUAACAUGCCAAAAGGUUAAGAUUGAGCAUCAGAGACCAUCAGGAACCCUUCAGCCUUUAGAGAUUCCAUAA